AUCUCUUGAAGUAUAUGAAGUUAUUAAGAAGUCACGCAAACCCCCAAACGGCUACUUUAAAGUACAGUGGAAAGAAAUUUGAGCAGCGUACAAUGGAAACAGUAAAGGGGAUAAAUAACAAACAGACUAGGUAACAGAGGUAAAUGUCUGUCCGGGAUGUGUUUGGUAUCAUUUUCGUUAUAACAGCGCUCGCUCCAGUCUCUUGAGUUCAGUUGACUCAUUUGGUCAGGUUUUGUUAUCACCUUUGUGUCUCCCUUCCUGUCUUGUUUCAGUCCGGGUUUGUGUUUCAGAAGCGACCUGUUCACAUGUCACACUUGCAAGUCACAGCAGAGGGUGUCGGUGCUUUGUGGUGAGGGGUUUGCCUUUCGCUGGUGAAGUUAGCAGCAGCCAGGAGAGCGAAAGGGGAGGGGAGAAGAGGGCAGGGGAGGGGUUACGAGCCCAGUCCCGCGGAACAUCCUGCGACCACAUCUGAGAGUCGGAACGAAGCUCGGCACGGUCCCCUCACCGCCACCUCCUCUUGCUGCGCGGCGAUCGUCGCUUUCGUACCCAGUCGUUUAAACCCCGGAGCACGCGCGGGCCGGUUGUCCUGGUGACCCGCUCUGCGAGUCUCGGGCUCUCCUGGACUUAUGUUUUUAUCUCUGGACGCGCGGUGGUGGGACAUCCGGAAUGGGGAAUCCGUAGGAGAAGACGGCGCUGGCUGGUUUUACUGUUUGCGAUAAAAAACAAGAGAACGCAGGCGCGCUGACGCGCUGGCCCGCAUAGCCUACGCACGAGAUGGACUUCAAGAAAACAAAAUUUGGCAAGUUCAUGAACUGCAGGGUGCCAGCCAGCAAGAGAUACCAGCCCACUGAAUAUGAACACGUUGCAAACUGUGCCACACAUGGGUUGUGGAUUCUUCCCAGUAUGGUCGGUGGGUCCGUCCUCUACUUUCUGUCCAUGGACCGAUGGCAUCGUGUCGCUGCCUGGCUCUAUGGGAGUGGCCUCACCGGCUUAUUCAUCACCUCAACUCUUUUCCAUACUGCUGCCUGGAAAAUCAGCCACCUCAGGAAGGUGGAGCAGCGCUUCCACAUGUGUGACAGAAUGGCCAUCUACUUCUUCAUCGCAGCCUCCUACUCUCCAUGGUUGAUGCUGAGGGAGCUGGGACCCUGGACGUGCCACAUGCGCUGGCUCAUCUGGGUCAUGGCGUGCAUAGGAUCGGUGUAUGUCUGCUUUUUCCAUGAGAGGUACAAGCUGGUUGAGUUGCUGGGAUACGUGGCCAUGGGGACUGUUCCUGCUUUGGUCAUUCUCUCUAUGGUGGAGCGCACAGGUGUGUGUGAACUGGCCGUGGGAGGUGUCUUCUAUGGAGUAGGCGUGGUCUUCUUUAAGAGCGAUGGCCUUGUGCCAUUCGCCCAUGCGAUCUGGCAUCUAUUUGUGGCCGUUGGAGCAGGCAUUCACUACUACGCCAUCUGGAGGUACCUGUAUUUACCGGGGACACAGCUGCAGACGUCGAGGUGACCGGCUGCAUACUGAUGUUAAGCAUUUCCAUGCCGACAGGCUGAAUGACAAAAGUGCAUUUCAUGUAGUCAGGACGUUAGUGUUUUGACUACGGUAAGCUUCACUUACGAAGCUGUGCCACCUGGGACCAAUUUUUGUACUGUGUGCUGACUAUAUAACAUUUAGCCUCACUACACCAAAUUGACGCUAAUUUAUAAUGUCUAAUUCUGCUCUUUUAGACAUAAUUAGCAACACUGACACUGGUUUGUGUGCCAUGUUGACUGUCUGUAGUGUUUCAGACGAGAUCCGAGUGCCAGGCCUGCAUUAUGAAAUCUUCAUUCCUGCUUAUCUCCGUCAGUUAGAGGAAAAGUUUCUAAUUUUGGGAAAUGUGUUUAUUUUCUAUCAGAGGUAGAUGAGAAGAUUGAUAACAAUCUGUUUGUGGUAACCACGAUACUGUGCACAGACAUGUUCAGAUCUACAGAUUCUACAUCGCGCCAUCAGAGAGACAUUUGAUCACGUCAACGAUCUGACCCCUCAAAGAGCCCUGAUCCCAGACAGACAUCAUGGAAUCAGUUUGGGAUCACAUGAACAGAAGCAACAGCUUCAGGUUAUAUUUCACCAUGUUUCAAACAUCCUCAGUGACAGGCAUCCUGAAAAACAUGGUUCAAGUGCAAUGAAGGAGAACGGGCGCAAAUUCAGACCUGAAAAUAAUGCUCAGUAUUUUGUUACGGCUUGCAGUUGACAGCGGUGUGCACUGGUGCGUCACAGCCUGCUCGGAGGUUUGCUUUUGCCUGGUGGGUGUUGGAGGUGUUGCCCCAUCACUUGUAAACCCCGCCGAAUUAUUUAAAGCAUAAAAAAUAAAAAAUAGAGAUCAUCCAUUUUCCACGGUGGCACGGUGGUUAGCACUGUUGCCGCACAGCAAGAAGGUCCUGAAUUCAAUUCCACCAUCAGGCCGGGGUCUUUCUGUGCGGAGUUUGCAUGUUCUCCCCGUGUUUGCGUGGGUUCCCUCCGGGUACUCCGGCUUCCUCCCACAGUCCAAAGACAUGCAGUUUGUGGAGAUAGGUUAAUUGAUUAAUCCAAAUUGCCCAUAGGUGUGAAUGCGGGAGUCAAUGUGAGCGCCAAUGGUUGUCUGUCUCUGUGUGUUAGCCCUGCGACAGACUGGGCUAACACACCUCUCGCCCUAUGACAGCUGGGAUAGGCUCCAGCGCCCCCCGCGACCCUGAAAAGGAUAAGCGGAAGUGAAUGGAUGGAUGGAUCUUUUGAUGGGCUCUUACCAGCAAAUCAGUAAGCACUCAGGAGAUACGACUUCAUUGCUACACAAGCACUCACAGUACACUUAACUUUAAACCCCUGCACACCACUCAGGUUUCUCGACUCAUUGUUGCUGAUGCUGUUGCACUGACAGACAUUUACUUCCCAAAAUACACUGUUAAAAAAAAAAGAAACACUUUUUAAUCAGAUUAUAGCAUCAAGUCAAUUAAACCUCUGGGGUAUUGAUCUGGUCUCUAGCAGAAGGUGUUGUCAGCCAGUUUCAGCUGCUUUGGUGUUGAUGAAAAACAACAGGUGCACUAGAGGGGCAACAAUGAGACCCCCACCAAAACAGGAAUGGUUUUACAUUUUUCCCUCCCCAUCUUUUUUGAUUUUUUUUUUUUUUUUUUAACACUACUUUUGCGUUUGGCUAGGGUCAGUAUCAGACAGUCAUGCUGGAUAUCUAUGCUGAUAUGAACUGGGUAAUGUGUUAACCCAUCAGCUGGAUUGGCAUCUGCUUCUUUGUGUAAGGAGGAACAUAAUGAGCACUGCCAGAGCCACAAAAUGACCCUCUGGAGACCACCAAACAAUUACAAACAGACUUCAUGAGAGUGGCCUGAUGGGCCGAUGUCCUCUAGUGGACCCUGUGCUCACUGCCUGGAAACAUAGAGCCUGAUUAGUAUUUGCCAUAGAAUACCAGAAUUGUCAGGUCCACCACUGACACCCUGUGCCUUUCACACAUGAGAACAGAUUCACCCAUGUGACAGAGGUGAAAAGGCCUGAAGCAGCAGAGGAAAACAUUAUACUGCCAGUUUAGCAUGACCGGUUUGGUGGUAGAGCAGAGAAAGUCUGGGGAGGCAUAUCCAUGGAGGGACACACAAACCUCUACAGGCAACGUUGGUGUUGGGAUGAAACCUUUGGACCCCACAGACCCUACGAUGGUGCUGUGGGUACUGGGUUCCUCCUGCUGCAUGACAAUGCCUGGCCUCAUGUAGUAAGAGCAUGCAGGCAGCUUCUUGGAGGAUGAAAGAAUUGAUACUACUGACUGGCCGCAAUGCUCACCUAAAUCCAACAGAACACCUCUGGGACAUUGUGUUUCAGUCCAUCCGACGCCAUCAGGCUGCACCUCAGACUGUCCAGGAGCUCAGUGAUGUCGUGGUCCAGAUAAAGAUUUCAGGGUAUCUUUGAAUUCAGCCCUUGGUAGGUUGAUCAUUUUAAUUUCCUUCAAACGGUGUGUCAUCUUUUGGUUCCUCAAUACCCGUUCCAUAUCAGUGUAGAUAUCGACCAUGGUUUUCUUUGCCACUGAGAUAUUUUGUGUCUUUUAAAGUGUUCCUUUUGUCAACACCAGCUGCUCAACUGUUGGUCGCGACUAUUCUGGGCAUUAUUUUACAAGCACGAGGUUACUGGAAAAUCAAUAAAGAAACCAGAGUAUCACUGUUUUUAUGCCAGACUAGUAAAACAGUAAGAGUCUUAUCGAUCUUCUCGUCUUUACAAGAAUAUAUAUGCACUUUCCCAAAAUGAUGAAGCAUUCCUUACAGGCAUAUCUGUUACUGAGCAUUCCUAAGCUGUUAAACUCCCUACUUUCAGUAAUCCAACCACAACUAAUGUGCCAAAACUCACUACACAGGAAUCCCUUUCCGCUGUUGGUGCUACAUUAUUGCUCAGUGGUAAAAUAUGACAGUCAGGAAGUCGACCAACAAAGCUGCCAUUGAUAGGCUUUCAAUAUGGAUUUGGCUGUAAAAGCUGUUACAGAUUUUUGCCACCUUAUGUGACCCCUUGAGAGGAUCUGCAUUUGACUUCAGUUCAUUUUCACAGUACAUGCACGACCCCUGGUUUCGUAAUUAAACAUACUCAUCUUUGGCCGACUGAGACCGAAUUAAGCAAUCUGCAGACAGGCUUUAAGGUCACAUAUGUCUGUGUGACACACUGGAGCCAGACUGUAAAUGAUCAACCUGAUGAUAACAGACGCGAGUAGAACCAGCUACUCGUGUGUGGCUGUGACUCAGUUUUGAGUUUUAUUUUUUUUUUUUACUUAUGUUCAAAUUAAAUUUUCCUAAAACUGUAAUUUGAUUUAGAAGACAAAGAAGUCCGUCUCAUUAUGAAAAUGUCAAGGUCUAAUGCAUUUCGUAUCCCAUUCGGGGGACUUUAAAUGCCAGUUGUUUUGUCUAAAUGGUGCGCUCUUGACUUCUGAGCACUUUUCUAUCAACAGUGAUGUGUAAUGUAGAAUUUGCUACUGUCCUCUGACUACGACAGAAUCAACGUAGAUCGUAAAUGCAAAUUUCUAUUUCCACAUUUCAAGAUUUUCUUAACUUCUAGUACUUUCAUUACUUCCGUUUUAAUUCUUGAAAACAGAGCACCUACUCAGGAAAUGAGCAAUUUUUUAUCUUCUUUUUUUUUUUUUAAAUCAGAUGAUCUAUUUUGUAAAAUGAUAUUUCUGUCAAAUCACUGUAAUAAAGAAGAAAAAUAUUACA